GUCCCACCUAAAACAUGUCUUCCAGCCUCGUCAGAUGUCCCUUUAUUGUACUGGUUACACACUUAAACCUCUGUCAAAUCAUUGCGGAACUGUCCGGUCAUUCUCGACUACACAUUAUAGUCCUCACUCCUUUCUUUCAAACCAGAUCUUUCUCUAAUGUUCCAGUCAAAAAAGCAUCAAAUUAUAAUGUUCCAGUCAAAAAAGCAUCAAAGAUGAGUAUAUUAAAGCGGUACGGACUAGCAUUCCUCAUAGUUGAGAGUUGUACCUACGCAAUUGCAGCAGCUGCCAUCUAUAUCCUACUAUCUAAUGGUAUUGAGAUGAGUGAGAUUCUCGCUACCACUGAAACCUAUGUUAAUGUAGAUUACUGGGUUGAUAAGCUUAAUGUGGAUAAAAGUAUACUCACAGGAACCGGAUCUAAAGUUGUUAUUUCUCUUGUUGGGGCUGAGUUGUCAACCCCGGCUAGACUACCUCUAGACUUGUCUAUUUUAUACUACCUCAAUAAAAAGGGUUAUAUUAAUAAAACCAAGAGUUAGUGUAACUAUUUUAAAUAUUAUAUUCUGUAUACAUAUAAGUUAUAAUUAAACUUUGGAAGGACCUCGAUGGUACCCGAAAAGCUGUAGAUAUUGUGAUGAUGAAUUCGUUAAUGUUAAUUUAUUUCGUACUAUUUUUCAUAUGUUCCCUUAACAUAUUUGUCUACACAAAGAGAGCUAUGUUAGGUUUGAAGUAUCAGCAUAGAAGGGUUCUCUCUUUCUUCGAUGGUGGCAAAGCUGAACUCGCUAUUGUUAAAAGAUUUGUUGAGUAGAACUAUUGGAUCAGUUUAGUAGAAACUGUAAUUUGCAGGGGAUGCUCCAAAGUUGGUUUUGUUAGUUUUUAUGGCAGAUAUGACGAUUUUGUUUUUGUUUGUACGAACUUUUUUGGUUGGAUUGGGAAACCAAAAUAAUAACAGUCAAAAGAUUACGGAAACCCUCGCUAGUGCACAGUAUUAAUGUGUGUCAUAUUAUACAGGCUCAUGUACGGAUGUACCCUAUCGCUCAAUAUUAUUGUCUUGCUAAAUUUACAAAUCAACAUUACCAGCUUUUUUGAGGCUUUACAAACAGUUUUGCAAGAACACAGAAUCACCAUAUUAUUGUCAUCGUAAUGUAAUCAGCGUCACUAACACAAUAUUUCUCAAUAAUACUCUAUGUAUACCCCCACUAACCCUGUAUCACAGGUUGGAACCCUUUUUAGAAACAUGGUUGAUAUCCAGUCACUCCAAGGCUGCUUCCUAAAGAGGUGCCCUCACAAACUGCUGAAGUUAUUAGCACUAUUGCUCCUGGUGAUAACACUCUACACAACAUGUUACGUCACUACUACCACUCUGUCACAAUCUGGGGGUCCUAUCUUCUCCCUCUUCGUACUCCUUAUUUUAGCUAUGAUAGCUGGACAAUGUCUAAAACUCAUCAACAUUCCGCCCAUGCUGGGUAUGUUACUCGUAGGUAUUGGUUUAAGUAACAUACCAACGGUUAAGGAGUGGACGGUACUUGAUGCCCAAGUUUCAUCUGAUCUCAAGAACAUAUCACUCAUGCUGAUUCUGAUGAAGGGAGGACUAAGUUUAGAUAUCAUGGAUAUAAAAAGAGUUGGAUUUGCUGUUAUUAGACUUGCCUUCCUGCCUUGCUUUGUAGAGGCUACUGUAUUUGCGAUAAUGUCUGUUUUACUGCUAGACCUACCAUGGAUUUGGGGCUUUUUACUCGGUUUUGUGAUAGCAGCGGUGACUCCAGCCAUCAUAGUACCUUGUCUAGAUGAACUGAAGAAGAGGAAGUUUAAGAUCGAGGAAAACAACAUAACCACCAUGUUGAUAUCUGCUUCCUCUUUUGACGACGUGUUGGCAAUCAGUGCCUACAUGGUGUGUCUAUCUUCUGCCUUUACCUCUGAUAAGCCGCUAUACCUCCAGAUCCUGCAAGGACCACUGGAGAUAGUGCUAGGAACAGCUUUAGGAGUGGUAUCGGGUGUUAUCCUGUGGUUAGUUCCUCCUGUUAGCUCUGGUAAAGUGGACAGUAGACUGCGCUCCUUGUUGUUAUUGUCGUUUGGUUUGUGCUCAGUUUUUGGGAUGAGUUAUAUAGGGUUUAACGGGUCAGGUCCUCUGUCUGUUAUAGUGAUGUCUCUAACUGCUGUAAAGGGGUGGGGCGAGGACUCUACUGUUACUGGAGUAGUUGAUUGUUUGUGGGUGCUGGGAGAGCCUCUCCUGUUUGGGCUUGUAGGGCGGGAUAUACAGUUUGAGUUCAUCACCCCUGAAAUAAUGUGGAAGUCUCUGAUUAUUAUCUUUGUGGCUCUGUUUUUCAGACUUAUCACUGCUUUCCUGGCUGUAUCCUGGACAGGACUUACUGUUAAAGAGAAGGUAUUUGUUAGCUUCUCCUGGAUCCCUAAAGCUACAGUGCAGGCAGCUAUAGGUUCGUACGCACUAGCAGUAGCUGUAGAGAAGGGCGAAGAGGAGGUUGUUAUGGGUUACAGUAGGACUAUAGUUACUGUUGCUGUGCUUAUUAUCCUGGUGUCCGCCCCUCUAGGCUCUAUGUUGAUGUACUUCACUGCUCCUCUCUUGUUAGACAAAGUAGAGUCAGGACAUUGUCAGCUCGGAGAGGAAGACUGUGUCGAGGAACAGUCUGCCUGAUAGUUAUGUUAGAAUUAUUGGCAAAAUUAACUGUCAUUUUAAUUAGAUGAUUUCAUUUCAAAUUUAAGCAAAAAUUAGGCUUUGGUGCCGUUUUAUAACUGUCUGCUGUUUAGAGAUUUUAAUUUGAUCAGACGUUUUUAUUAAAACUGUCCGUUGUUUAGAGCUUUUAAUCGAAGAAUAAUAAUCAGACUUUUUAUUAAAAUUGUAAUGUAUAAAUAAUCAGAUAUUU